AAAUAUGCCACGCCGUUACCGACCGAUUGCAGUGGUCGCAGCUCGUCUUCCAGUGAACGUACUUUGAACCGUCCGCACGGCGAUACCAUCGUUGUUUCUAACCUUUGACACUAUCGUUGUCAUCGACGGAGGCGCUCUCAUCAUCAUGAACCUUCUGCUUAUUGUAUUGACCAUUGUAUUGGUCACCCACACUCUCUGUGCUCCACAUGAAAGUCAAGAAAAGCCCAUCACAUCCCAUCAUGGAGAACAUGAACAUCAUGAUUAUCAUGUUGGUGAUAAGUCUACUGGUCACUAUGAACAUCACGGUGAAAAAGAACAUCAUGGCGAAAAGGGAUAUCACGGUGAAAAAGAGUACCCUGAUCACUAUGAUAACCAUGGCGUAAAAGGACAUCAUGGUGAGAAAGAAUACCACGGUGGUAACAAACCGCAUGAUAACUAUGAGCACCACGGCGAAAAAGAACACCACGGCGAAAAAGAACACCAUGGUGAGAAAGAACACUAUGGUGGUCAAAAACCAUAUGAUAACUAUGAGCACCACGGUGAAAAAGAACACUAUGGUGAGAAAGAACAUUACGGUGGUCAUAAACCACAUGAUAACUAUGAGCACCACG